GCUGUGUUUCACCUAAACUUUCACAAAGAUUGGACAGGUUUAUGCUUUUCUUGCUGAUAGCAGGAAAGAAAGCAUUACUUGAUGGUGGAAUUACAGAUGAUGUGAUGGGUGGAUUGGACAAGACGAGGUGUGGAAUUUUGAGUGACUCUGCUAUGGGUGGAAUGAAGAUUUUCAGUGAUGCAAUAGAAGCCUUGCAGAUCUCCUACAAGAAGAUGAACCCCUUCUGUGUACCAUUUUCGGUUACAAACAUGGGCUCUGCCAUUCUCUCUAUUGAUUUGGGCUGGAUGGGUCCAAACGAUUCAAUAUCGACUGCAUGUGCAACGGGUAACUUUUGCAUUGUGAAUGCUGCGAACCACAUCAUAAAAGGUGACGC